UAUGUUAACAGGAACAAAAAACGGUCACUGUCUGGAACAAGAAGGUAUGGAAAACGCGCACAGAUCAUCCUUCAAGCGUGACUGGUGACCGGAACAAGUCACAUACGAAGAAAAACAGGAGCCAUAUCACUCCAUCACCGUCAACGCAGCCAUCUAGUUCACACGAAAUUACCUCCCACUCGCUUUAAUUUAAAUACACAGAAAAUUAUAGAGAUAUCGGCCUUCAUUUCAUGAUUCAGUAUUGGAGAUCUUGAUUGCUUUUAACGGCAGUAAUAGAACCUUAACUGUGCUUUGAGCCUUUGAGGUACAGGAUGUCAGGAAUGGAGUUUGCUGUUUAACUCUGUGUCUUAUCAGGAUAAGGCUAAUUCAUAAUGUGAUCUGGAGGAUAGAAGUCAUACAUUGCAGACAGAUAUGGUGUGCAGCUGCUUUCGUUCUUCAAUUGUAGAACGGAGGAGUGGUGCUCAAGCUCAUCUAGAUGAAGCAGGAAAUUCGAUGCGAAACAUCAAUCAAUUCUCCUACAAUGAACUAAGAUCGGCAACAGAUAAUUUUCAUUUACGAAAUAAGAUCGGAAGAGGGGGUUUUGGAACUGUUUAUAAGGGAACUCUGAAAAAUGGAUUACAAGUUGCUGUGAAGGCAUUGUCUGCCGAGUCAAGGCAGGGGGCAAGGGAAUUUUUGAAUGAGAUCAAUACUAUAUCAAAUGUUAGGCAUCCAAACCUUGUUGAAUUGGUUGGAUGCUGUGUUGAAGGGGCAAACAGGAUAUUACUCUAUGAAUAUCUGAGAAAUAAUAGUCUUGAUCACGUGUUAUUAGGUCGAAAUAGCACAAAUAUCAGACUUGAUUGGGGAAGAAGAGCUAUUAUCUGUAUGGGUAUUGCAAAGGGACUAUCAUUCCUUCACGAGGAACUUACGCCACAUAUCGUGCACAGAGACAUCAAAGCCAGUAAUAUACUUCUUGACGAGGAAUUUAACCCGAAAAUUGGUGAUUUUGGAUUGGCCAAGCUUUUCCCAGAUGAUAUUACGCACAUUAGCACAAGAAUAGCAGGAACAACUGGUUAUUUGGCACCGGAAUACGCUUUGGGAGGUCAAUUAACCAUGAAGGCUGAUGUUUACAGUUUUGGGGUCCUUAUACUUGAAAUAAUUAGUGGUAGAAGCAGUUCAAAAGCAAAUUGUGGAGAGAUGCAGAAGUUUCUCCUGGAGUGGGCUUGGGAGCUCCACAAAGAAGAGAAACUCUUGGACCUAGUGGAUCCAAAUAUUGGAGAGUUUUCAGAGGAAGAAGUCACAAGGUACAUGAAAGUAGCAUUCUUUUGUACCCAAGCUGCAGCAAACCGAAGACCACUAAUGAGUCAGGUUGUUGACAUGCUAUCAAGGAAAAUCCGACUCAACGAAAAGGAACUUACGUCGCCAGGUUUCUUUCAAGGUUCCACCAGCCUUGGCGCUGCACCGUCUUCAUCUAAGAUGUCAUUGGGUGAAUCUACUAGCUAUCAGGUGAGCUCAGUUCCCAUCACGAUUACUCAGGUCACCCCUAGAUGAAAGAUGAGAUCUUGAUUAUUGCUAUUGGGCUCGAUAUUGUUGGAAGUCUCUUCCAUUCGAUUAUUAAAAGGAGGACAGCUUUUUCUAGUGCACAUUCAUGUGUUUCCAAGUCAUGCAUGCAGUGGUUUUCAGGAUUUAGGUAUUCUUUUUUGGAUACGCGAAAGGAACAGAGUUCGUAUUGUUCUUUUUUGGAUACAAGAGAGAGACGUUCUUGCGACCUCUAGAGAAUUAUAUAUUUUUUUCUCUCUUCCUUCCGGGCAAGAUAUGAAUGCCCAAUGUUGCUGUCAGAAGUUUAUUUUCAUUUUA